GGGGGGCUUGGCUAGGGUUUAAAAGCUUUCGCGAUGCUCCGGAGAUUCGCGGUGGCCGCGGCGAGGCGAAGCAGAGGCAGCAUCGGGGCCAGCGUCGGCAGCUCCAUGGAUCAUCAAUCCAGAUCGCUCUCCGCCGCUGCAAUCGCUACAGCGGAGGUUGUGGAGGAGGAGGCAAGCAAGGGCGGGUGUGCAGGGAUCCGGAAGCUCUCCACCAUGACGUGGUUGUCGCCGCUCACCAUAGGGAAUGUCAAUCCCAAGGUGAUGAAAUGUGAGUAUGCUGUCCGAGGAGAGAUUGUAAUGCGAGCACAGCUCCUGGAACAGGAACUAAUCACGAAACCAUCGUCGCUACCAUUCGAGGAGAUUAUCUACUGCAAUAUUGGGAAUCCACAGUCUCUAGGCCAAGUACCAAUCACUUUUUUUCGAGAGGUGGUUGCUUUGUGUGACAACCCUUCGCUACUCGAUAAAGCUGAAACUCAUGCUCUUUUCAGUGCUGAUGCUAUAGCAAGAGCCUGGAAGAUCAUAGAUAAAAUUCCUGGAAAGGCUACUGGUGCUUAUAGCCACAGCCAGGGUCUACAAUAUUGCCGUGAAGAAAUUGCAGCAGCCAUUGCACGUCGUGAUGGAUAUCCGGCCAAAGCGGAGGAUUUAUACCUUACAGAUGGAGCGAGUGUUGCAGUGCAUAUGAUGAUGCAGCUACUUAUAAGCUCGGAAAAGGACGGGAUCAUGUGUCCUAUACCGCAAUAUCCCUUGUACUCGGCAUCCAUGACACUCCAUGGAGGAAGCUUGGUUCCUUACUAUUUGAAUGAGAGCGCAGGUUGGGGUCUUGAAGUGCAGGAACUUCAACAGCAAAUCCAGAAAGCCAGGGGUUCUGGGAUCAAUGUUCGAGCUCUUGUAGUCAUCAAUCCUGGGAAUCCGACUGGUCAGGUCCUGUCGGAAGAAAACCAGAAAAAAAUUAUUCAGUUUUGCAAGGACGAGCGGCUUUUGUUACUUGCUGAUGAGGUGUAUCAAGAGAACAUCUAUGCUGAAGGUAAAAAGUUCCAAUCAUUCAAGAAAGUUGCGCGAAGUAUGGGACUAGGAGAAAACGAUCUCAGCAUAGUAUCCUUCCAUUCGGUUUCAAAAGGUUAUUACGGUGAAUGCGGAAGAAGAGGGGGCUACAUGGAAGUUACGGGAGUGGACAAAGACGUCAAGGAACAAAUCUACAAGAUCGCGUCUGUGAAUCUUUGCUCAAACAUUUCCGGUCAAAUUCUAAUGAGCCUGGUUUCGAAUCCUCCAAAGGCCGGCGACGAAUCUUAUGAAGACUACGUCCGAGAGCGUGAUGGCAUAUUGGCUUCACUUGCGAGACGCGCCAAGCUGCUGGCCGAAGGAUUUAAUAAGCUAGAAGGCGUCAGUUGCAACCAGGCCGAGGGCGCGAUGUACUUGUUUCCUCGGCUCCAUUUACCGGAGAGAGCUCUCAAGGCUGCAGCAGCGGUCUCCAUGGCUGCUGAUACGUUUUACGCUCGGAGAUUACUCGAUGCAACUGGCAUUGUCGUCGUUCCUGGCUCAGGAUUCGGUCAAGUUCCCGGAACUUGGCACAUCAGAUGCACUAUUCUUCCGGCCGAGGAAAAGAUGCCAGCCUUGAUCACUCGCUUGACGAGCUUCCACCAAAGGUUUAUGGACGAGUUUCGAGACUGAAGAAAACAUGAUUUUUAUGGUCGAGACACAAGAAAUCUUACAAAGAAGUGAACGACACAAAGAAGAUAUUAUUUUGGAAGAUUCAUGUCCUGUCUUAGGCCAAAUUUUUGAUAAAUAAGAUGUGUACGAAGAUUGCGAA